AUGCAGAUUGUGGUCUGCAUCGGCGGCAUCUGGAAGAUGGUGGAUCGUGCGCUGGGUUCAUUGUUCGUGGAUGGCAGAUGUGGUUUUCUCCUCCGGCGUUCUAGUCGUGUGGGGGUGCCAGAUCUGAAGUUCGAUGGCGUGUCCGGGGUGUUGCCCUGGUCUGAUUGGUUCAACGGUGAUGGUUUUACCUUUGGUGAGCCACCUUGGAGGUCUGCAAAGCUGUAUAUCAGCAAUGGAGCCGCUACGAGCUCGAGUGUGAAGAGUUCUCCAGUCUUCGCAAGGCUUGCAGAAGGCCACUCCCCACCUGUCAACUUUGAGAUCAACGGCCGCCAGUACAACAAGGGAUACUAUCUAGCUGAUGGUAUAUAUCCUCAGUGGUCAACUUUUGUGAAGACAAUCUCGAGCCCCCAAGGUGAGAAGAGAAAGAGAUUUGCCCAAAUGCAAGAGAGUGUUAGAAAGGAUGUGGAACGUGCUUUUGGUGUGCUUCAAUCCCGAUGGGGUAUCGUUCAAAACCCUGCACUGUCAUGGGAUGAAGGGAAGUUUUGGGAGGUGAUGACUACUUGUGUGAUCAUGCACAACAUGAUCGUCGAGGACGAGCGUGAUGACAGGAUCUUCGACCAAGGAUUUGAUUAUCAAGGUGAAAAUGUUGAGCCCCUGCAUCAAGAACCGGCCACGUUUGAACAGUUUGUCCAAUUCCAUCGUGAGCUGCGUGAUUGGCACACUCAUUUGGAUCUUCAAAAUGACUUGGUUGAGCACGUGUUGAGUCACAUUGGCAACCAAUAG